AUGGCGUUGGUGGCGGCAGCUGCAGCCCAGCUGCAGGGGCUCCGUGUGGGUCAGCGUCUCUUGAUCUCGUACGACGUGGACCCAGACUUGUUCCACGAGCGCCUGGUGCUGCAGAGGCCUCCCAAUAGGCCAGGAUGCACGUACUUGGUCGCCACGCCCGACGGGGAUCUGUGCGAGGAGGAUCUCCUGGACUCAGGUGGCGAGGUGUUCGUGCUCGGGCCGCGAGGCGGUCUCCUCGGCGGCAUGCCUGCCGCAGCCACGCUCUAUCGGUUCGAUGCUGGCUACCUGGCGGCCAACAAGGACCGCUUCAUCCAGGAGGGCCGCGACGAGUUCGCCAGGAUCCGAGCCGACGAGGGCUUCGCGUUCGUCGACGCGGGCGACGGCCCUCCGCCGCCGCUGGCGGCUCCAGCGGGUGGGCCACCUGGUGCUGCCGCUCUCGUGGCAGUGGAUGCCCCUGGCGCCGCCGGCGCGGGCGGACCUCCGGUACGGUGGUGCGCUCUGGAGUCGCGCUUCGGCAAGGCCGCCGGCGACGACGUCAGCGACCUGGUGGGGGCUCGGUUCAUCCAGGGCGACCGCGGCAUCAUCGCGAUCGCGGGCGGCUUAUUCAUGUGCAUCGCGCGGGCCGACUCCUUCACCAAGGGCGCCGACGUCGACUCGAAGGAGCAGGACGUCCGCACUCUCGCCGUGCGCGUGGACUCGCACGGCAGGCGGGAGGCUACCUUCCAGGACGUGUGCAAGCAGCUGGACUCCAUCAGCAUCUCCGACUGGCGCAUCUCAGGUCCUCGGACGGCUGUGUGGCUCUGCAGGGCUCUCUCAGAGACUGGGAUGUCCCCUACUCAACGGCACUACUGGUGGCGGAAUACCAUUGGGCCCACCAUGUCGGACAACGGCGUGGACGAGCACCUCUUCUUGAGCGAGCUCCUGGAGUGGGCCCUCUGCUACGACUUCCUCAGUUUCGGCAACCUGAUCAUCGCCGAGCACAUCAGCAGGAGGUGCCAGCUUUGGGAGGAGGUCUACUCGCACACGCUCAUGGAGCGCGAGGCGGGUGCCUCCGCCGCCGAGUGGGUCGACGAGCGCCGCAUCUUCCUGGGCGCUCACAAGUCGCGGGGCGUCGCCCUGGUCUGCCCCGAGCUGCAGUCGUACGUGGCCUGCGAGAUGGCCUCCAGCGCCGCCAUCCUCAAGGAGAGGCGGAAGGGGCGCGAGGAGCGCCGUCUGGCGGGCGGCCUGGGCGAGGUGGCGGACGAGGGCUCCGGGGGCGCGGGGGGCGGUGCGGCCAAAGCCAAGGGCCGCAACGGCCUUCGCAAGUGGAUGGCGGGGGCAAGGAUGACAGUUGUGCUGAUCUUCAGGGGCGUGACAUGCUUCCCUUUCCUGGUGGCCAGGCUCUCAAUGACGUUCUUCUCGGCCAUGCUGCUGCUGUUUCGGUCGGGCAACGUCGUCGGGCGCGGCGCAAACGCUCGCAGCAAGCUUGGCUUCGGCAAGAUGCUCCGCGGUGGCGACAGCGGCUACUCUGAUGACGCAGCCGCCGGUACCUUUGGCAGAUUCCGACGCGGCGCUGUUGCGCUGCCGCAGCUUGGGGGCGGGCGCGUCGACCUGCGCUCCGUGGCGGGCCCCGACCUGCAGCUCAUGUUGUUACACAUGGCGGGAGGUGACGUGGAAUGUUGUUUCUACCAAUACGCCCUCCCCGAGGCCUUCCGCCACUUGUUCGGACUCGUGCCCGUCGAGGCCCGCUUUCUGGACAAAGCUUGGCAGCAGCGUCGGAACGUGUCACGGCACCAUCUCGUGCAGUGUCGCGUGCGAGUCGUUCCCAUGGGGUGGAGCUGGGCCACGUGCCUGAUCCAGCGCGUUCACCUCCACCGCUUCGGUAACCUUCCUGUGCAGUUGCCCUGGGUCGUCGACGAGAUGAAGUCGGCCAACUUUGGCAUCCACAAGGGUGGCGACGCUCUCUACAUCGACAAUUUCGUUUGUUUCGCUACCGAUGCUGGUCUGGCCCAGGAGCAGGUGGACAGCAUGAAGGCUGCACUGGCGCAUGUCGGGGUGGUCUCCUCUCUGGACCCGGCGUCCGACACACCAGCGUUCAUCGGAUUUGAGUUGGUGAACCUUUCGCGGUGGAGGCCCACCCCGAAGAAGUUUUGGCGAGCUGUGCUGGGGCUUCGGCAUCUGCUCAACACCAGCCCUCUGGUCUGUGGCAGGGACCUUGAGCACAUCCUCGGACACCUUAUUCACAUUUUCACGCUGAAGCGCGAGCUGCUCAGCAUCUUUAACGCCACGUACUUCUUCAUCAAGGGCAGCUACCUUCGUCGUCAGCCCCUGUGGGCCUCAGUGGUUCGCGAGCUCCGUUGGGCGCUGGCACUCCUGCCGCUGGUGGAGGUGGACAUCCAGCUCCCCUGGCGCACCGAGGUCCACUGCUACGAUGCGUCGCCGUGGGGCUUUGGUGUGACGUCGGCCUCUUGGGCCCUGGACGUUGUGCGCGAGCUCGGAGCUUGGAGUGAGCGCUCGAGACUCAAGGGGCCCUGGGCUGUGCGGGGCAAGCAUCGUGAGCGGGCCCUAGGCUCGCUCGGGGCCGCCAGCGAGGGCUUCGAGGAUAUCCCACGCGCCCUGCUGGUCAGCACUCGGUGGAAG